CUGCUUUCUUUUCGUUGCUUUGCUUGUCCACUGUUAUGCCACUUCGGAAAAGAGUUGAUUUUGAGCACGGAAAGUAGUGAUUUAAGCGCUCUUCCUAUUGGUUUAUGCUAAAAAAAAAGAUGGAGCCUUUACGUCUAUUGGACAUAUUAUCAAUGUUAGUCAUGCAAGUUAGUGUUCUUUCAUUUUGUACUGUGCAGUGUUGGUCCUGAAUUUUUUAGGGCUCAGGGCAAAAGUAAAAAUUACGCCCCAUAUAUAUAUAUAUUUAAACUUAGUGAUGAACUCACUCUUAUUUUUCAACCAAGAUCUAACCUGUCCAAAUUAACUAAAACUUUAACAUUCAAGUCAAAUAAAUUGUAUCGAUUCAAACUUCAAUAUAUUAAAAUUUAGAAUAAAAGGCUACAAUAUAUAAACAAGAUAAAUACUUAUAAUAAUUCAAUAAAUUCUUUUUCAUCCAGCAAGAUAAAUUCCUUUUCAUCUAGCAAAAAAAAAAAAAAAAAAAUUCUCGACAUGCUGAAUAGCUGAAGCAAAACAACAUCAAUCUAUUUGAAAUCCCUUUGCAUCCUUAGCGUUAGUAAGCAGCAAAACAAAAAUGUCUUUACAUCCUCAAUAGCCAAAGCAAACUGCAGCAGCUUACUUGAAUCUCUUUGCAUCCUCAGCAACCAGCAAAACAAAAAUGUAUUUUCUUCCUCAAUAGCCAAAGCAAACAACAACAGCCUACUUGAAAUCCCUUUGCAUACUUAGCAAUCGACAAAAUAUCAUCACCACUUGCAAGAUAAGGUGAAAAACAACAAAAUCACAACUAAAAAAGUAUUAUUUAAAUGAUUUUCUUCUUGCAUUUUGAGAAGCAAAAUCCUCAAUGAUGCUUUCAAAUUCAAGCUUUUCUAACAUCUCCUUUUCAAUGGAUAGUAUUGCUAGCCCAUUUAGCCUUUCUUGUGACAUGGUAGACCUUAAGUAAGAUUUCAAUAAUUUUAAUUUAGAAAUUUUUUUUCUGCAGAUGCUACAGUCACAAAUACACUCAAUAGUAUUCUGUAGGCAAUCAAAACAUUUGGAAAACAGUCCAUAUCUUUUACAAACUCUACAAUUUCAAGUGUUGUGUUUACUGCUGAUGCUAAAAAAUAUUGCAACACCUGUAACUCUGAAAACAAAUCACUUGCAUCAACAUUAGAAGACUCGCUAUUUCUUAAAGUAGUUUCAAGCUUCACACAACAGUUUUUCAAUUCCUCAUUGCCCAAUGAAGUUAACUUCUUUGAAUUAAACAAGAACCCAAAAAUACCAUCAUAUGUUUGCAUUUGUUCAAAUCUACUGCUUAAUGAAGAAAGAGCCAUAUCCACUGCACAGAUGAAAUAAUUGACUCUAUAUGAUUCUUCAACUGAUUGUACUGUCUCAUCAUUGACAUUCUCAUCAAAUUGUUUCUUUCUAUGACUUUGACGUUUUUUAGGAAAUUCAGGUUCAAUCCCCAUAUCACAAGCAAUAGUUUUAGCUUCAAUCAUAGUAGUUGCAAAUCCAUUUUCUCUAUAAUUCUAAAAAAAAGAAAUGAGCCCUUCCAAAUUUUUUAAAGCAGCAUCCAUGCACAUAUCUUUAGAUUGUAACUUUUUGCUGACUAAGUUAAUUUUCAACAAAAUAUCAUGCCAAAUAACCAUGCCUAAUAAAAACUCAAAAUUUUCCAGUUCUUGUGUUGCUAAACUUUCAGCUUCACUUUUUGUUUUAGCAUCUUCAUGAGUUUCUGCUACUUUAAAUAAAGCUUCUUUUAUUUGAGCAGCUUGGGAUCUUAUUGCUUUAACACUCUCUACACGACUCUCCCAACGUGUAAUUAACAAUGUUUUGAGAGUUAAACCAUCUACAUAAUCUUGUAAAAUUUUUCAACGCUUUGUAGAAUUAGCAAAAGCACAAUAAAUGCGUUAAACCACCCCAAUAAUGGAUUUCACUUUCACACAACAGUUUGCCAUAUCACAUAGUGUUAAAUUAAGAAAAUGACAACCACAUGGCAUGAACAAAGCUCUAGGAUUUAUUUCAAGUAAUCUUCUUUGUACACCUUGAUGUUUUCCUUUCAUAUUAGAGCCAUUAUCAUAACCCUGUCCUCUAACAUCAUCAAUUUUAAGACUAAGGGACUCUAGGACAGAUUGCAAUUCAUUAAAAAGUCUUAAUCCUGAUGUAUCUUUCACAACUAAAAACUCUAAAAAGUACUCUUCUAUUUUCACUAGACUCCUUGACACAUCCACACACCGUAUUAUCAAAGUCAUUGGUUUUUUGUAACUUGAAUCAGGAGUGCAAUCAAGUAUCACUGAAAAAUAUUUUGCUUGUUUGAUUUUCUCAAUGAUUGCACUCUUGACUUUUGAAGCCUGCAAAGCUAUCAGCUCAUUUUGAAUUUUAUGGCUUAGAUAGUGAUAGUGAAUCUCAUUAUUUUGAAUUCGUCGAAAAUGUUUUCGCAUUAUUGGAUCAAAUUUAACAACUAUUUCCAAUAUACCUAAAAAAUUACCAUUAUUUUCUUUAUAAAUUCUCUCUUUUGUUCCACGGAGUACAAUAUUAUUUUUAGCAAGACAUUUGACAACAUAAAUUAUUCUUACCAAAAUAUGUUUCCAGUGUUCCUUCUCUCUCCUAAUUUGUUCUUGUAUGCCUUUAUCAAUGGUUUCAUUUUUUUUCAAUCUGUUAUGUAAUUCAAUCCAAGAACUCAUGUUAGUUAUGUGUUCAAUGCUGUUUUCAUGUUGUUUAAGCCUCGCACUAAGAUGUUUCCAAUCUCUAAGUCCUUCGUUUGCUAAUUGGCUUCUACGACACAUUGUCUUAAACAGUGUUCUAAAAGGCGCUAGGCGCUAGGCGCUAGUUGAGCGCUAGGCUGGGGCCUAGCGCCUAGGCGGGGCCUAGGAAAACUGUUUUUUUUUUUUUUUUUAAUUUUGUGAUGUAAUUUGAUGUUAUUUUCAAUUAAAUCAAAGUUGAAAAGUAUCAAUAAUGCAACAUAAACCAAUAAUACAACAAUAAUGGAAUGACAUUAAAUUUUUUAAAACAUUAAUAAUAAUAAUUAAUAAAUAUUUAAAUAAGUGAAUAACAAAUAAUCAAAUAUUAACAUAAAUCCUAAAUUAAAAAACAAAAAGAAAACAAAAGAGGCAACACGCAACAACAAGCAGCACGAGAGAAGGGGAAAUCAGUGGCGGUGCAGGAGCACGAGAAAGGCGACUCUGCAACUGCAAGAGACAGUGGCGGUGCGCGCGAGAGACAAGGGGAAAUUGACGAGAGAGAAGGGGUAACAGGUAAGGGGAAACAAAAACCCUAAUAAAUUUAUACUAAAUCGAUUCAUGCGGCCUAGGCGGUCGAAUAUAAUCGGCCAGGCGGUCGAAUAUAAUCGGCCAGGCGGUUCACCCGGCUAGGCUUCCGCCUUGGCCGCCUAGGCGCCGCCCGGUAUCGAUUAGCCAGGCUGGCGCCUAAGGUGGCCGAUUUGGCCAUAAUCGUGGCGGCCAGUGGCCGCCUAAGUCGCGUUUUAGUUCACUAGUGUUAAAUAACUUACAGCAAAAACAAAAUACCUUAUCCAAUUCCUUUGAGUAAUACUAGCCAUUUUCUAUCAUGAGUCUCUCCAUUUGGUAACUUUCUCAUGUAAUAAGUUGAGGAAAAAUGUCUAAAGCUUUCAUCUCUGGGAAAUUUGAUAUUAUUAUCUCUUGUAGGACCUUUUUCCACAAGUAAAGCUCUCAUUUUUUCAUCUAGAUUAUCCCAAAUUCUAGGAUAAAAAAUGUUUAAAGGAAAACUUUGUUCUACACCCCCAGGUUCAGUGUCUUCAUUAUUACAAAGAUGAUUAAAAUUUUCAUUCUCAACAUGUUCAUCUUCACCUAAGUCACCUACCUAUGCAUUAAAAUCAUUCUCAAUUCCUACUAAUUCUUCCACAUGAUUUUGUUGUUCAGAUUCAUUGACUAAAUCAUUAUCAAUUCCUACAAAUUCUUCAACAGGAUUUUGCUGCUCAGAUCCAUUGACUAAAUCUUUAGUUGAGUUAUCAAGUGAACUAUUUGUUUUGUUUUGAAAAAAAUUAUCCAGAGCUCUCUUUUGAGAUUGAGUUAAUUAUUCUCUUUGUCUUUUUCUUUUUCUUUUUUGACUUCCAAAUGAGUGUUUCUUACUAAGCAUUGUUACUUGAUAACAGAAGCAAUACAAGGAAAGCCAAUGCAAUUUUAAUAUUUCAAAGAAUAAACAAAGAACAACAUAACCUGGAAUUUGAGAAAUUCCCUUUGAGAAAUCCCCCUCCACAGAAAGUUCACAAGGAUCAACUUAGAAUCUUAGAUCAACGGAUUUGAAGAAUGAAGAGUCUGCCCAGCACUAGGCCUGGCCCUGAACAGGGGCAGUCAGUGCGAUUGCCCUGGGCCAUUAUUCAGGGGGGCCCAAAAUAUUUUCAGUAAGUAUUAUAUUAUAUUAUUAUAAUUAUUAAUUGAUUUAAUAUUUUUUUUUAAAAAGACCCUGUUUCGCUCCUCAAGAAGAAGAACGCCCAGCAGUGCUAGGCGGACUUCAAGUCCACUGAAGGCCAACGGACUUCAAGUCCGCUUACUGCUGGGCAGACUCUUCAUUCUUCAGGUCCGUUGAUCUAAGAUUCUAAGUUGAUCUUUGUGAACUUUCUGUGGAGGGGGAUUUCUCAAAUUCCAUGUUAUGUUGUUCUUUUGUUUAUUCUUUAAAGUAUUAAAAUUGCAUUGGCUUUCCUUGUAUUGUUUCUAUUUUCAAGUAACAAUGCUUAGUAAGAAACACCCAUCUGGAAGUCAAAAAAGAAAAAGACAGAGAGAAGAAUUAACUCAAUCUCAAAAGGGAGCUCUAGAUAAAUUUUUUCAAAACAAAACAAGUAGUUCACUUGAUAACUCAACUGAAGAUUUAGUCAAUGAAUCUAAGCAGCAAAAUCAUGUUGAAGAAUUGUAGGAGUUGAUAAUGAUUUAGUCAAUGAAUCUGAACAACAAAAUCAUGUGGAAGAAUUGGUAGGAAUCGAGAAUGAUUUUAAUGCACAGGUAGGUGAAGAUGAACAUGUUGAGAAUGAAGAUUUUGAUCAUUUUUGUAAUAAUGAAGACACUGAACCUGAGGGUGUAGAACCAAGUUUUCCUUUAAACAUUUUUUAUCUUAGAAUUUGGGAUAAUUUAGAUAAAAAAAUGAGAGCUUUACUUGUGGAAAAAGGUCCUGCAAGAGAUAAUAAUAUCAAAUUUCCCAAGGAUGAAAACUUUAGACAUUUUUCCUCAACUUAUUACAUGAGAAAGUUAUCAAAUGGAGAGACUCAUGACAGAAAAUGGCUAGUAUACUCAAAGGAAUUGGAUAAAGUAUUUUGUUUUUGCUUUAAGUUGAUUAAGACAAUGUGUUGUAUAAGCCAAUUAGCAAACGAAGGACUUAGAGAUUAGAAACAUCUUAGUGAGAGGCUUAAACAACAUGAAAACUACAUUGAACACAUAACUAACAUGAGUUCUUAGAUUGAAUUACAUAACAGAUUGAAAAAAAAUGAAACAAUUGAUAAAGGCAUACAAGAACAAAUUAGGAGAGAGAAGGAACACUAGAAACAUGUUUUGGUAAGAAUAAUUUCUAUUGUCAAAUGUCUUGCUAAAAAUAAUAUUGUAUUCCUUGGAACAAAAGAGAGAAUUUAUGAAGAAAAUAAUGGUAAUUUUUUAGGUAUAUUGGAAAUGGUUGCUAAAUUUGAUCCAAUAAUGCGAGAACAUUUUCGACGAAUUCAAAAUGAUGAGAUUCACUAUCACUAUCUAAGCCAUAAGAUUCAAAAUGGGCUGAUAGCUUUGCUGGCUUCAAAAGUCAGAAGUGCAAUCAUUGAGAAAAUCAAACAAGCAAAAUAUUUUUCAGUGAUACUUGAUUGCACUCCUGAUUCAAGUCACAAGGAACAAAUGACUUUGAUAAUACAGUGUGUGGAUGUGUUAAGGAGUCUAGUGAAAAUAGAAGAGUACUUUUUAGAGUUUUUAAUUGUGAAAGAUACAUCAAGAUUAAGACUUUUUAAUGAAUGGCAAUUUGUCCUAGAGUCCCUUAGUCUUAAAAUUGAUGAUGUUAGAGGACAGGGUUAUGAUAAUGGCUCUAAUAUGAAAGGAAAACAUCAAGGUGUACAAAGAAGAUUACUUGAAAUAAAUCCUAGAGCUUUGUUCAUGCCAUGUGGUUGUCAUUCUCUUAAUUUAACAUUAUGUGAUAUGGCAAACUGUUGUGUGAAAGUGAAAUCCUUUAUUGGGGUGGUUUAACGCAUUUAUUGUGUUUUUGCUAAUUCUACAAAGCGUUGGAAAAUUUUACAAGAUCAUGUAGAUGGUUUAACUCUCAAAACAUUGUCAACUAUACAUUGGGAAAGUCGUGUAGAGAGUGUUAAAGCAAUAAGAUCCCAAGCUGCUCAAAUAAAAGAAGCUUUAUUUAAAGUAGCAGAAACUAGUGAAGAUGUUAAAACAAAAAACGAAGCUGAAAGUUUAGCAACACUUGAACUGAAAAAUUUUGAGUUUUUAUUAGGCAUGGCUAUUUGGCAUGAUAUUUUGUUGAAAAUUAACUUAGUCAGUAAAAAGUUACAAUCUAAAGAUAUUUGCAUUGAUGCUGCUUUUAAAAAUUUGGAAGGGCUCAUUUCUUUUUUUGAGAAUUAUAAAGAAAAUGGAUUUGCAUAUGCUAUGAUUGAAGCUAAAACUAUUGCUUGUGAUAUGGGGAUUGAACUUGAAUUUCCUAAAAAACGUCAAAGUCAUAGAAAGAAACAAUUUGAUGAGAAUGCCAAUGAUGAGACAGUACAAUCAGUUGAAGAAUCAUUUAGAGUCAAUUAUUUCAUCUGUGUAAUGGAAAUGACUCUUUUUUCAUUAAGGAGUAAAUUUGAACAAUUGCAAACAUAUGAUGGUAUUUUUGGGUUCUUGUUUAAUUCUAAGAAGUUAACUUCAUUGGGCGACGAGGAAUUGAAAAAUUGUUGUGUGAAUGCUUGAAACUACUUUAAGAAAUGGCGAGUCUUUUGAUGUUGAUGCAAGUGAUUUGUUUUCAGAGUUACAGGUACUGUAAUAUCUUUUACCAUCAGCAGUAAACACAACACUUGAAAUUGUAGAGUUUGUAAAAGAUAUGGACUAUUUUCCAAAUGUUUUGAUUGCCUAUAGAAUACUAUUGACUGUACCUGUGACUGUAGCAUCUGUAGAAAAAAGCUUUUCUAAAUUAAAAUUAUUGAAAUCUUACUUAAGGUCUACCAUGUCGCAAGAAAGGCUAAAUGGGCUAGCAAUAUUAUCCAUUGAAAAGGAGAUGUUAGAAAAGCUUGAAUUUGAAAGCAUCAUUGAGGAUUUUGCUUCUCAAAAUGCAAGAAGAAAAUUAUUUAAAUAAUACUUUUUUAGUUGUGAUUUUGUUGUUUUUCACCUUAUCUUGCAAGUGGUGAUGAUAUUUUGCCGAUUGCUAAGGAUGCAAAGGGAUUUCAAGUAGGCUGCUGUUGUUUGCUUUGGCUAUUGAGGAAGAAAAUACAUUUUUGUUUUGCUGGUUGCUAAGGAUGCAAAGAGAUUCAAGCAAUGGCACUCAAGAAAAAGAGGAUUGCCAAAUAAAAGAAGAGUCCAAAGACAACCGAGUGUUAGUUGAUAAUAAUACCGCCCAAAGUCUUACUGGUGAAGAUAUAGAUGAAUUACGAAGGAAGGGCAUCAGUGGGGAUGAAAUUGUUCAAGCUCUCAUUGCUAACAGUGCUACUUUUGAAAAGAAAACAUCAUUCUCACAAGAGAAAUAUAGACUAAAGAAGCAAAAGAAAUAUGCACCCAAGGUACUUUUGAGGCGCCCUUUUACAAGAAGUAUAUGCGAGGCAUACUUCAAGAAGUAUCCUGCCAGAAUUGGGUUCUUGCGGAUGGAUGCGUUAUCUCUUCUUCUUUCUAUGGCAAAUGUCAGCGCGCAUUCUGAUGUCCUUGUGGUGGAUAUGGUUGGUGGGAUUCUUACUGGUGCUGUGGCUGAACGUUUGGGAGGUACAGGUUAUGUAUGCAAUUCAUAUAUUGGAAAUACACCAUAUCCUAUGGAUAUAAUAAGAAUGUUCAAUUUCAACAAUGAAACUUGCAGAAGGAUCGUUCGCUGUUCACUCACUGACCUUUGGUCAUCUCAAAAUGGAACUUCUAUACAAAAUAGCCAGUCUGGAGAUGUCUGUGACACUGAAAGCCAGUCAAAUGUAAGGAACAUUUCCUUAUUAUUUACACAUGAAAGCCAGUCAAAUGUAAGGAACAUUUCCUUAUUAUUUACACAUGAAAGCCAGUCAAAUGAAAUGAUAUCUCAGUGCUCAGUAAGCAUGGAUGGACCUUUGGUCCCUUCUAAAAAUGGGAUGCUGGAUCUUAUCCCCAAUACUUCCACUUCUCCAGUUCUCAAAGCAUGCAAAACCCCAAAAGCCGGAGAGAAGGCAUCGUCAGAAGCCAUAAACAUAUGGAAAGAAAAUGGUUUUUCUAGCCUGAUAAUUGCUGCUCCAGAUGUGGAUGCUUGGAACAUUGUCAGAGAACUCCUCCCUCUUCUAUCUUUUUCAGCUCCAUUUGCAAUUUAUCAUCAAUAUAUUCAGCCUCUUGCAACUUGCAUGCACAAUCUACAACUCGCGAAAAUGGCAGUUAGUUUGCAAAUUUCAGAACCCUGGCUUCGUGAAUAUCAGGUCCUUCCAUCCAGAACCCAUCCCCAAAUGCAGAUGAGUGCAUUUGGUGGGUACAUCCUAAGCGGCACCAGGAUAUGUGGGGAAUGAGCCCCCCCACCCACAUCGCCAAUUGCAGUAAUUGUUGCUGAAUGUUUUUGCCUGUACGGAACCCAAACUUCUUUAACUUUUAUUUUAUUUAUUUAUUUGUUUUCUUCUCUUGGCAGGUAAAUAUGCCUCUCUGUUGUAACCUAUACUAGCAGCUAUUUAUUCAGCGUCAUUGUAAACUGAAAAUUUCAUUUGAGUAACAAAAUAAAUAGCUAUCUGAUCAAUAAACGUCCUCCAUUCCAUGGCUUUUAUUUUUA